UGGGUGGUUUGACUCCAAGCACAAUGUCUUCUGGGAGGGUCCGAGCAAAGAAAAAAAAUAUGACAUUGGAUCAGUCUCCUGACAACCUUCCUUUGAGGAGUUCAGGGAGGCAGGUACGGAAGAAGGCUGCAGAUACCGUGGAUGAUGAUGAAGAUUCGUCAGAGAAAAAGUAUCGGAAGUGUGAAAAGGCAGGGUGUACAGCAACGUGUCCUGUUUGCUUUGCAAGUGCAGCUGAAAGAUGUGCUAAAAAUGGCUAUACAUCAAGAUGGUAUCAUCUCUCCUGUGGGGAACAUUUCUGCAAUGAAUGUUUCGAUCAUUAUUAUAGAAGUCACAAAGAUGGCUACGAAAAAUACACUGCCUGGAAACGGAUUUGGACCAGUAAUGGGAAAAGCGAACCAAGUCCUAAAGCGUUUAUGGCUGAUCAACAGCUCCCUUAUUGGGUACAGUGCAUGAAACCAGAGUGUGGGAAGUGGCGUCAACUGACAAAGGAAAUCCAGCUUACCUCACAAAUAGCCAGAACAUAUCGUUGUGGCAUGAAACUGAACAAUUCCAUCAAGGUGGAAGGCUCAGAUCAGUGCUCCAUGCCUGAGGAUCUGAGAGUUGCUGAGGUUUCAGAUGCCUGGUGGUACUCCAUGCUCAUUCUUCCGCCUUUGCUGAAGGACAGCGUAGCAGCCCCUUUGUUGUCUGCAUACUACCCUGACUGUGUGGGUAUGAGCCCCUCUUGCACCAGCACUCACCGGUUGCUUGGCGAAUCCAACGCUGUGAAAAUGGAGCACUUGAAGACCCCCCCUACUAUAGCUGGAAUGAACAAGUACUUCCAGCCUUUCUAUCAGCCCAAUGAGUGUGGUAAAGCACUAUGUGUGAGGCCGGAUGUGAUGGAACUAGAUGAACUCUAUGAGUUUCCGGAAUAUUCAAGAGACCCCACCAUGUACCUGGCUCUGAGAAACCUCAUUCUGGCUCUGUGGUACACAAACUGCAAAGAGCCUCUCGCCCCUCAGAAGUGUACUCAUUUCAUCAUUGUUCGAGGUCUUGUGCGUAUUCGCUGUGUACGGGAGACAGAGCGGAUACUUCAUUUUAUGACCAGGAAAGGUCUGAUUAAUACAGGGAUUUUGUCUGUUAAUCCUGACCAGCCUCUUCUUCCCAAAGACUAUCACAAUAAAUCUGUAAUUGUGGUUGGGGCUGGUCCAGCAGGAUUAGCAGCUGCAAGGCAACUUCACAAUUUUGGAAUCAAGGUGCUUGUACUUGAAGCGAAGGAAAGAAUUGGAGGGAGAGUGUGGGAUGACAAGACGUUCAAAGGAAUCACUGUUGGGAAAGGGGCACAGAUUGUGAAUGGCAGCGUCAACAAUCCAGUAGCACUUAUGUGUGAGCAACUGGGGGCUAAGAUGCAUAAACUUGGAGAGAAGUGCGACUUGAUUCAGGAAGGUGGGAGGAUCACUGACCCUACUAUAGAUAAGCGCAUGGACUUCCAUUUUAAUGCCAUCCUUGAUGUUGUAGCUGAUUGGAGAAAAGAUAAAAAUCAGCAUCAAGAUAUUCCUCUUGGAGAUAAAAUCCAAGAGAUCUAUAAAGUUUUCAUUCAGGAAUCUGGUAUCCAGUUCAGUGAACUGGAGGAAAAGGUCCUGCAGUUUCACCUCAGUAACCUUGAAUAUGCCUGUGGCAGCAAUCUCCAUGAGGUUUCUGCGCGCUCCUGGGAUCACAAUGAAUUUUUUGCGCAGUUCGCUGGUGAUCACACUCUUUUAAGCUCAGGGUACUCUGCCGUAAUGGACAAAAUGGCUGAAGGCUUGGACAUUCGGUUAAAGGUCCCUGUCCGAGGCAUUGACUAUUCAGGAGAAGAGGUCCAAGUGACUGCAGCAGACGGAACUCAGUGGACCGCCCAAAAGGUUUUAGUUGCCAUACCUCUAGCUAUACUUCAGAAAGGUGCCAUUCAAUUUAACCCAGCUUUGCCGGAGAGAAAAAUGAAAGCCAUCAAUAGUUUAGGAGUGGGGGUCAUUGAGAAGAUUGCACUGCAGUUUCCUUACAGAUUCUGGGACAGUAAAAUUCAAGGAGCUGAUUUUUUUGGUCACAUCCCGCCUAGUUCCAACAAACGCGGCCUGUUCAGUGUUUUCUAUGACAUGGACCCACAGCGUAAAUGCUGCAUUCUGAUGUCUGUCAUUACUGGCAAUGCCGUGGCAAGUAUCAAGAACUUGGAAGAUAAGCAGAUUCUUCAACAGUGCAUGGUUGUCCUCCGUGAACUGUUUAAGGAACAGGAAGUGCCAGACCCAGUCAAGUAUUUUGUGACACGAUGGAACAAAGAGCCUUGGAUCCAAAUGGCCUAUAGUUUUGUAAAGACAGGUGGCAGUGGUGAAGCAUAUGAUAUCCUAGCGGAAGACAUACAAGGAACAAUCUUCUUUGCUGGCGAGGCCACCAAUAGGCACUUUCCACAGACCGUUACAGGAGCAUAUUUGAGCGGUGUCCGAGAAGCAAGCAAAAUAGCAGCAUUUUGAAAGCGAAGCUACUGUUUACAGAUU